AUGUCUCUCGCCACCAAGCUCUUCCUCGCCGGCACCUUUGCCGCCACCGCCCUCGCCCACGGCACCGUCACGGGCUUCGUCACGGACGGCAAGUACAACGGAGGCUUCCUCCUCAACUACUACUAUGCCAAGCAGAACAACCAGCCCGUCCCCGACACCGCUGGCUGGUACGCCGAGAACCUUGACAACGGCUUCGUAGAGCCCAACAGCUACGGCAGCCCCGACAUCAUCUGCCACAAGAACGCCAGCCCCGGCAACAUCGCCGCUAGCGUCGCCGCCGGUGGCACCAUUGAGUUCCAGUGGACCGACUGGCCCGAGUCUCACAUCGGUCCCGUCAUCACCUACGUCGCCAACUGCGGCGGUGACUGCACCUCGGCCGACAAGGCCGCCCUCAAGUGGGUCAAGAUCGAGGAGGCCGGCUACGACGCGUCCACCAAGUCGUGGGCCGCCAUUGACCUCAUUGCCAACAACAACACCUGGGUCACCAAGAUCAUCGCUCUUCACGGUGCCGGUUCCGCCAACGGCGCCCAGAACUACCCCCAGUGCAUGAACAUCGAGAUCACCGGCUCCGGAACCGACAACCCCGUUGGUGUCCUCGGUACUGAGCUCUACUCCGCUGACGAGCCCGGCUGGCAGCACCGGUGGAAACAACGGUGGCGGCAGCGGCUCUACUCCCACUACCCCGCUCCUUCUGCUACCUCGACUGCCGCUCCCACUCCUGAGGAGACUGAGGCCGCCGAGGAGCCCGCCACUCCCACCCCCACCACCCCUGCCGGCGGUGAUAACGGUUCCACUCUCCCUGAGACCUUCACCCUCAACACCUUCAUCGCGUGGCUCACCAGCGUUGCUGGCAACAACAACAACGCUCGCCGCCACGCCCGUGAUGUCACCGCCUAA